CCUAGACUGCUCUACAAGACGGCUCAGUCUCCAAUGUGCAGCUCUGUGUCUCCACUGUAUCUCCGUCCAGGAGCGCUUCGUAAUAGGUUAAACGCAUCUUCAGUGGAAACAAUAGCCCACGAACAAGGAACAAGCGAGCACUCUAACCACUCGCCUCCCCGUUUUAGCGACUAUGACCUCUGCCUUUGGUUCUGCGGGUGCCGUAGUUAUUAGGUGACCCUGAACACUUUUUGAUGGUGUAUCCGCGACUCACUCCGUUGGGAGUGUACGAGCAACCAGCGACGUCCGUUUGUAAAGCCCGUUUUAACCCAUCAGAAUGGAUCGUAAUCACCUAAUGGCCCCUCCGGUGCCGCCUCACAACCCGAACCCUUCCCGACCAUCCGACUCUGACGAGCGGGCGCUGAAGUGCGUGCUGCUCGGGGACGGAGCCGUGGGCAAGACCAGCCUGGUGGUGAGCUACACGACCAACGGCUACCCUACCAAAUACGUCCCCACAGCUUUCGACCACUUCUCUGCGGUUGUACAGGUUGACGGACACCCUGUAAGACUUCAACUUUGCGACACAGCUGGACAGGAUGAGUUCGAUAAGCUAAGGCACUUCUGCUAUUCACGUACGGACGUCCUCCUGCUCUGCUUCAGCGUGGUCAGUCCCGCCUCCUUCCAGAAUGUGGGUGAGAAAUGGGUGCCUGAGAUCCGCCGGCGGUGCCCAAUGACACCCGUGCUUCUGGUGGGCACGCAAUGUGACCUGCGACAGGACGUUAAGGUGCUGAUUGAGUUGGCGCGUCGACGUGAAUGCCCCGUUCCUGAACACGAUGCCCGCACCCUGGCCGACAAAAUUGGCGCUGUAACCUACGUGGAAUGCUCAGCUCUCACCCAGAAGAACCUGAAGGAGGUGUUUGACGCAGCCAUUGCCGCUGGCCUUCGGCAGGCAGACAGACGGGCCAGGCGGGAACGCAAGGUCCGCAGCACGGCCGAUAAGAUGAAGAUGCUCUCCAAGGCCUGGUGGAAGAAAUAUGUGUGUAUACAAUAACAAGAACCAGUGAGGACCUUUGAGACAUUGACACAAAUGGUCAAAGUGAGAAAGACUCUCAGACAUUGGAUGCCUCAAGCAGAUGGACUCCUAAUAAGUGACUGCGGUAAAGAGAUUAAGUUGUGAGGGAAGAGCAGUGUCGUUUCAGUGAGAUGUUUACCCUGCUGUGAGCCAUGCUAGCAUGUUAGCUAUGAAGUCUUAGCUAUGAGCUGUUUUAUUAGCUAGGGCUAUCUAGCUGGUUCCCUUAGCGGGUUUCAUUCAAGACAGCUACGUGUUUGGAUCUCUGAAAGAGAAACAAAAUAUUCAUCACCUUCUUAUGGUUUUGAAUCAUGCGCUCCACCUUUCUUUGUUGCACAGGAUCUGUAUUUAUUUACCAAUGUUGGAUAAAUGUGCGAAUCAUUUGUUUUCACAAUGGCAGCCACAUGCCAACACUGCUAAUCAAUCUCUGAGCUGUUCCUGUUUUGAUUUUUUUUUUGUUUUUGUUUUUCGCUCUAUCACACCCUGGACUGGCAAAGUGGUACAUCUCUGUUGGCCAUGUUUGAGGUCACAGUGUCUCAUCUCAGUGUUUUGAUGGCUGUUGCUGUUGGAGACCACUCAGUCAAUGCUUCUCAAAGUGCUUCUCAUAUGGCAAAAAAAAAAAACAGUAUAUUGUAAUGGACAGCUCUCAUUUCAGAUGCCUCAUUGGAUUAGCAUCAUUGUAGUCAUUAUCGUUGAGUAAUGGCUUAAAUCAUUUCACAACAUAUUAUAUCUUUUCUGGAGUUAAUGAAAUUUGAUCGUUUUCACAACAUGAAUCAGUUUGUGUUUUUCUAACAGAGAACUGCACAGGGAGUGAAAGUGACAGUGUGUGGUGGUUCCCUCUGCUCAGUUUUAUUUUCGUGUAAUGUAGAGCUCUUGGUGUGUUAAAUAUCGACGCAUGUUUGAUUCACACUGUGACCCUAUUUCCACCUGGUCAUUUCUUGUGACUCGUAUCUGGAAUGGAACCCCAUUGGAUCCCUGCAAAUGAGCUCUUGUACAGCAACCUGGUUGCUGCCUCGAUAAUUACAAUUUAAUCUGCCGUUGUUCAUUUCCUUACACUGGCAGUUGAUGAAGUUGGCUUUAGAGUAAUUUAGCUUCCUGUAACUGUCAUCAUGGUCAUGGAUCUUGUGCACUAAAGCAUAAUAUUGUAGCAAAGCAAUGAAUAACAACAAAGUGAAAACAACAACAAUGACAACAAGGUAAACUCAUGUUAAGAGCUGAACUGAAGGAGGAGGCCUGUUCCCCAUAAGCAGAACAAGAGGGGGGGCACUGUCACACUAUCUGACUAAAAUGCAUUUUAAAACACUACCUAAAUGCAUUUACACCUGCUUUUUAAGUGCGUAAUUUCUAUGCAGAUAUAUUUUUGCCAUUUAAGAUACAUGAACGAUCAGGUGUAAAUGGGGUCUUUGCUGUGGUAACAUGUUAACAACAUGUGGUUGCAUUUUUUUUAUACUAAACUAAAUACAAUAGAGCUGGAUGGCCAGUGAGGUGGGGCGUAUUUGCUUCUCAUUAUUCAGAAGCCAUUUUCCUAUCAAAUAACUGAAGACAGUUGGAAAUUAGCUAUAAAAUAUAUGGCAAAAAGUGAUCAAAACAGAUAAAAUGGCAUGGCCUCUGUUUUUGCGUACACUAUAUGCUUCAGUGCCAUAUUUUUGCUAGGGUAAAUCUAUAGAUUUGUACAUUAUUGCAAUUGUAUGUAAUUGUGUCUCUGUCCCUAAUCCUAUAUGAUCACUCCUUAUGGUACAUGUGAGCAAAUGUCUGACUGCUUUUUCAUGAUUACCAUGACAAAUAAAUUCUGUUCUUUGAACUAAAACUGA